UAAGAAACCAAACUCGAGUUGGUGAAACGUUUUAAACACAAAAGGGCAGAAAUCGAGAGGUUGAGCAGAAGAAAGACAGAGAGAUUCAAUGGAGAGAGUGAAUCAAACAUUCUUCUUAUCACAUGGUUCUCCCACGUUGAGCAUUGAUGACAAGUUAGAAGCAAGACACUUCUUCAGAUCAUGGAAGGACAAAGUCUUUCCACAGAACCCCAAAUCGAUUUUAGUCAUCUCCGCACAUUGGGACACCGAGUUCCCGUCCGUCAACACUGUUCUGAGAAACUCCACUAUCUACGAUUUCAAUGGUUUCCCGGAUCCCAUGUACAAGCUGAAGUAUGAAGCACCAGGAGCUAUUGAAUUGGCAAAAAGGGUUAGAGAGUUGUUAAUGGGAGGAGGAGGAAUGAAGCGUGUUGAUGAAGAUACAGAGAGAGGACUUGAUCAUGGAGCUUGGGUUCCUCUUAUGUUGAUGUAUCCUGAUGCGGAUAUACCUGUUUGUCAACUCUCUGUUCAAUCAUCUCAAAGUGGGACUUACCAUUACAACAUGGGCAAAGCACUGGCUCCAUUGAAAGACGAAGGUGUUCUUAUCAUUGGAUCUGGAAGUGCCACUCAUAACUUGAGGAAGCUUGAAUUUAGUAUCACUGAUGGCUCAGCGGUUCCUUGGGCUUUAGAGUUUGAUCAUUGGCUCAGAGAUUCCCUCCUUCAAGGAAGGUAUGGAGAUGUGAAUGAGUGGGAAGAGAAAGCUCCAAAUGCGAAAAUGGCGCAUCCAUGGCCCGAGCAUUUCUACCCAUUACACGUUGCAAUGGGUGCCGUUGGUGAUGAUGCCAAGGCAGAGCAAAUCCACACAAGCUGGCAAUUUGGGACUCUGUCUUAUUCUUCUUAUAGCUUCACUUCUUCCCUUUGAAACAUUUCAUCUUUAUAUCCCUCGUUGUGUCUACUUUAAUGUAAGCGUUGAGUAUUUCACAUAUCUUUAAUAAACUAAAUCCUUGUAUGCAAAAUACAAACUCUUUGUGAAUUGCAAUGACAAUAGUUUAGUUUGGUUUUUGUAUAUUAUGGGAUUGCCAUUGAUGUAUGAAAAUGUUGCGUAUCUGAAGAAUUUAGGUAUUGUAGCAUUAGUAACUACACAUAAAUAUUUCUGUAACACUUGUAACAGGUCAGAAAUUGAUUGAA